GACGGAAUCACCUUCUUCUCCUUACAGUUUUAGAAGUGAAAAUAAAAUGGGUUACAGGACGGUAGUGAUGUACAUGGAGAUAGGCUGCUUUGUGGUGUGCGUGUCAGGGUGGAUCCUGGUGUGUUCCACCAUGCCUACAGAGAUCUGGACCUGGUCUGAGGUGGGCAGCAUUGUCCUGACUACGUCCAACUACUUCUCCAACCUGUGGAAGGAUUGUGUGUCAGAUUCCACUGGUGUGUCUGACUGCAAGGGAAUCCCUUCUUUGCUGGCACUUAACUGGGACAUUCACAUGUGCCGAGCCCUCAUCAUCACCGCCAUCAUCCUGUCCUUCUUUGGGUCGGUUCUGGUCAUGGUGGGAAUGAAGUGUACCAAAAUCGGGGGGUCUGAGCUCGCUAAAGCAAGGGUGACCUUUGCUGGGGGGAUGAAUUACUUCAUCGCAGGUUUGUGCUCCAUGACGGCUUUCUCCUACUACGGAAACAAAAUAAGAGCGGAAUUCCAAGACCCAAGCUACAGAGAACAGAAGUUUGAAAUAGGUGUCGGGGUGUUCAUCGGCUGGGCGGGUUCCACUUUGCUGGUGGUUGGAGGUCUCAUUUACAGCAUCUUCGCCGGGAGGGAGGGAUGCCAGUCAAGCUAUAAAAGCGAGCCUGCCUACAUGUUACCUGAUCCCUACUUAGCUUCGCCCCUAAAGAAGAAGGUACCUGGUGCAGAUGUUAGUGACAGCAGGAAGUCACAGAUCAGCAGCAUCAGUAGUAGUACUACUAGUAGUAGUAGUACUAGAAAUAGUAGUAGUAGUAGUAGUAGUAGUAAGAGUGGCUCUGCAGUGACCAGCAGCACCAGAACAUCAGCCACUAACGCAUAUGUGUGAUGUCAUGGUUCAAUGUUUGUAUGUCACCCUUUGUUUGACUCUUCCUAAUUGAAACUUUAAUUAUGACUGAUCAUACAAUCAUACAAAACCCAAAACUAGUGAAGAUGGCAUGUUGUGUAAAUGGUAAAUAAAAACACAAUACAAUGAUUUGCAAAUUCUUUUCAACCUAUAUUCAAUUGAAUAGAUUGCAAAGACAAGAUACUUAACGUUCGAACUGUUAAACUAUGUAAUUUUUUGCAAAUAUUAGCUCAUUUGGAAUUUGAUGCCUGCAACGUGUUUUAAAAAAGCUGGCACUAGUGGCAAAAAAAAGACUGAGAAAGUUGAGGAAUGCUCAUCCAACAGUUAUUUGGAACAUCCCACAGGUGAACGGGCUAAUAGGGAACAGGUGGGUGCCAUGAUUGGGUAAAAAAGCAGUUUCCAUGAAAUGCUCAGUCAUUCACAAACAAGGAUGAGGCGAGGGUCACCACUUUGUGAACAAAUGCGUGAGCAAAUGCGUGAGCAAAUUGUCCAAACAGUUUAAGAACAACAUUUCUCAACCAGCUAUUGCAAGGAAUUUAGGGAUUUCAUGACGGUCUUUAAUAUCAUCAAAAGGGUCAGAGAAUCUGGAGAAAUCACUGCAUGUAAGCGAUGAUAUUACGGACCUUCGAUCCCACAGGCGGAACUGCAUCAAAAAGCGACAUCAGUGUGUAAAGGAUAUCACCACAUGGGCUCAGGAACACUUCAGAAAACCACUGUCAGUAACUACAGUUUGUCGCUACAUCUGUGAGUGCAAGUUAUAACUCUACUACUCAAAGCCAAAGCCAUUUAUCAACAACACCCAGAAACGCCGCCGGCUUCGCUGGGCCCGAGCUCAUCUAAGAUGGACUGAUGCAAAGUGUAAAAGUGUUCUGUGGUCUGACGAGUCCACAUUUCAAAUUGUUUUUGGAAAUUGGGGACGUCGUGUCCUCCGGAACAAAGAGGAAAAGAACCAUCCGGAUUGUUAUGGGCGCAAAGUUCAAAAGCCAGCAUCUGUGAUGGUAUGGCGACGUAUUACAGCUCAAGGCAUGGGGAACUUACACAUCUGUGAAGGCACCUUUAAUGCUGAAAGGUACAUACAGGUUUUGGAGCAACAUAUGUUGCCAUCCAAGCAACGUUAUCAUGGACGCCCAUGCUUAUUUCAGCAAGACAAUGCCAAGCCACGUGCUACAACAGCGUGGUUUCAUCGUAAAAGAGUGCGGGUACUAGACUGGCCUGCCUGUAGUCCAGACCUGCCUUCCAUUGAAAAUGUGUGGCGCAUUAUGAAGCCUAAAAUACCACAACGGAGAACCCGGACUGUUGAACAACUUAAGCUGUACAUCAAGCAAGAAUGGGAAAUAAUUCCACCUAAAAAGCUUCAAAAAUGUGUUUCCUCAGUUCCCAAACGUUGUUAAAAGGAAAGGCCAUGUAACACAGUGGUAAAAAUCCCCUUGUGACAACUUUUUUGCAACUUGUUGCUGCCAUUAAAUUCUAAGUUAAUGAAUAUUUGCAAAAAAAAAAAAUUAAGUUUCUCAGUUGGAACAUUAAAUAUAUUGUAUUUGCAGUCUAUUCAAUUGAAUAUAAGUUGAAAAGGAUUUGCAAAUCAUUGUAUUCUGUUUUUGUUUACGAAUUACACAACGUGCCAACUUCACUGGUUUUGGGUUUUGUAUAAUGGUUCCCCCAGAAAUGUGCCAAUAAUAAGCUACUGUUACAAUCAUGUGUUUUCCUAAAUGUAAUAAGUCACUUAAAGAAAGGUUCUUGUUCAUGAAAAUGCAAAAGUUUUUAUUUGCUAAAUAAACCAACAUUUGAAGAUACAAUGAAGUAUACAUUGCUAUUUGGAUAUGCUUGUAUUAUCAUUAUUAUCAUUAUUAUUGUUGUUGUUGUAACGGUUCAGGUUGUUUUGAUUGUAUACACAUGUUUUUAAUAAUGCAGAAUAAAGUGUGAUCAAAAUCAAAUACAAUACUUAAUAAUGUAUGUACAGUAUGUAUACUGCAUGUACAUCUAUGUAUGAAAGUAAUAUGUAUCGACAUCAUGUAAAAUGUUGGAAAUAAAAACUGCUAUGGUAGUUUAUCUUGACAAAGA